ACUUUUACUAGGAAUACAACUGGGGUAUCUUGCAUGCUAUUAUUGAUUAACUUGCUUAAAUGCUUUCACCAUUAACAGACUUCUAAAGUUUUCGGUUAAGCAUGUUUUCCUAAUAUUAUGACCUGUUCAUAAAAUCUAAGUCUGCAUGGUUUUCAUCUCCUCCUCAUGAUCAAGGUCUCAUACAAGCCAGUUUGGACAGGAAAACUUCCACAAUGACUCACAACUACACUAACAAGCAGUCACCGAGAAUUCUGAAUAUGCUAACUUAAAGGGGACCUAUUAUGCCCCUUUUCACAAGAUGUAAUAUAAGUCUCUGGUGUCCCCAGAAUGUGUCUGUGAAGUUUCAGCUCAAAAUCACCCACAGAUCAUUUAUUAUAGCUUGUCAAAAUUGCCCCUAUUUGGGUGUGAGCAAAAACAUGUCGUUUUUGUGUGUGUCCCUUUAAAUGCAAAUGAGCUGCUGCUCCCAGUCCCCUUUCCAGAAGAGGGUGGAGCUUUAACAGCUUGCGCUUCGGUUGCUCAACAACAACAAAGCUGGAGAAUCUCACGCAGCCAAAAUGACGAUUGUCAGUAAUGGUGUUCUGCCUUACAUUGUUCAAACCGGAGUUGGACACUGAUGGAGAAACUCAGGAAGAUGAUACGACUUUCAGAAUGCAUCUGGACUUUUCUGAACGACAAUCCAUUGAAAAUCCCAGCCUGAAUAAAUGGAGACCUUACAAAGAAUGGUUAAAGAAGUUGAAAUUCUGGCUGCCUUAUAGCCUCCUCUUCUGGUCAUCGAAGAAAGCAUAGAGGAGACAGACGAUACGCCUCCAGGCCGGCAGGGGGCAGCGGUUCAGCAGACAUCCGGUUUGACGUCACGCACGCGGCAAAAACAAAUAUGACGUACGCGCGGCUUUUCACCAAAGUGUAGAUUUUUAUUAUUUUUUUGCAUACUUUAGUGACACAAACGAUAUUAUUUUCAGAAAUACACAAGUAAGAGGAUAUUUCAGUUUAGCAGCCGUUGUUUAUUCGCAUACUAAAGGUCAAGUACAUGGUCAUGGAUUCUGCAGAGACGAGAUAUGCCCAUCUUCUGCAACCCCUGCGGGACCUCACCAAGAACUGGGACAUUGACCUGGCCAGCCAGCUCGGAGAGUAUCUUGAGGAGCUGGACCAGAUGACCAUUUCAUUUGAUGGUGGGAAAACCAUGAUGAACUUUGCAGAGGCUGCACUUUUAAUUCAAGGAUCAACAUGCAUCUAUGGCAGAAAGGUGGAGCUCCUUCACACUCUAGUGUUUCAAACAUUGGACUACAUCUCUAACAAAAACAAGAAACGUGAUAAACAAGGUUCUUCAUCAGAUGGAAACCAAGAAAAAGCCCCUUCAGGCAAUGAAGGUGACGAUUGUGAGUUUGAUGAGAUUGAACAGGAUGAGAAUGUCAACUCUCAGAAUAUAACGAUGAAAGAUCCAACAGAGCCAGUGAAGAUUAUCCGUCUCCCUCCUGAAUCUCUCAUUCCUGCAGAAUCACAUGAGAAGCAGAAAUACCCCCUUCUCAGUCUUAAAGGGGAGCUUCUUGGCAGCUGUAAGGAUUUCCGGAUUAAUAAUUUCACCAUGGAUGAAGCUGGAUUAAUGCGUCUGGGCUCUUCCCAUGCUCACUUCCUCAAGGAGGUUGCAGAAAUCCAGUACAACUUCUCUGUACAUGCACCUGUGUCCUUACAGACAGGUGUUGCUGAGGUUGAUGGUGGUUACAAUGAAGAAGACUGUGGCGCUGAGGUUCUUCCUCCACUGGAAGAUCAUGGGAUGGAGGUGGAGUCCGAGGAGUGGGUGGAAAGGCAUCAGGCUCCCAGUGAGGGGAGGAUGCUGAGACCGAGACCUGCAGAACAGCCAAUUUCACAGGAAUCUAAGCAGCCCAAGGAAAUUGUGGACCCUUGGAAAUGGCAUGACUCAUAUGCUGUUUUUGGGGAGGACAAACCUCUCAAAACAGGCAAGUGUUAUAAAGUGCCGGCAGGUCUUGAAGAGUCUGGAAAAAGGAAGCGGAAGGGUCCUUCAAAACUGCAGGACUUUGGCAGCUGGUACUCUAAAGUCUUUGAGACUGCAGAUCGCAAGCUUAAAAAUGGACCUACUUAUCCUGACCUUAAUUACAUCUUUGUGAGUAAAAUGGAUCAGCGUCUGAAAAUACAGAAGCAGAUUCUCAGGAAAAGGGGUGUUUUCGUCUCCGAUGAGGAGUUAAAGAAAACUUACUUGGAACCAGAGAAUAUUGAGGACCAGGUCGAGGUGGUCCGGCAUCCAGAUGUAGAGGGUGAGGACUUUUCAGAUCAGGAACAUGACAACUUGGUUGAUGAACUUGAACCUGCGGAGCACCUUGGAGAACAGGAGCAAAUAUUCCAAGACUUGCAUAUGAGCCGGAUGAGUUAUGAAGAUCUGGUCAAAAAGAGUGUGGAUCUGUUUCUGGUGAACUCUCAGAAGUAUGCACAGGAGACGGCGUUAUCUCGAAGAGUCAAGGAGUGGGAGGAUGGAAUCAAUCCUCAUCUUGCUGCCCAGGAGACCUGUCCUGCUUUCGAUAUUCACGAGUAUGGAGGCAGAAUUGUCCAGGCACUCUCUAGCGUGGGGGUGAAAAAAUCAUUUGCCUUCGUUGUCAAAGGCAAGGAGAACACAGAAGCCUGCAGAUACAUGCUGGCUGCGCUACAGCUGGCCAAUGAUUACACAGUGGAGAUUGACAAGAAGGAGGGACUUGAAGACAGCGUAGAUACAAUGGAACUCACAUUACUGACUACACAGAGGGCUCAUGAACGUCUCAAAACCUACAACGCACCUUCUGCUACAGAUAUUCCCUGACCUUUUACUUUUGUUUAUUGCUUAUCUCUUACCUUUGGCCCCAAACAAGCUAUUUAUCACAGACAACAUCCAAGAGAUAAAAAACACAAAGACUUUCUAUGCUUUUCUAUUCUAGGCCCUUUUAGUCUGGUAAUUCAAACAGGUAUACUGAUAUUAAGCACUGAACUUGCAUUUGAAUUUGGUCUUUAAACAUGCACGGAUGAAUUUGAGUCCCGAGUUGAAGAAAUAACAGGUGUUUUGACAAACUGCUAUGCAAAUGAGACCUGCUUUUCAUUUUAAAAAGCCAAUGUCAUAUUUCAUGUCUAAAAUUAUGAUAAAAGUCUGUUCAGAUGCAUUUUCUGGACACUUUUCAACUCCAAGUAAACUGCAUGUCUGUACAGUGUCAAAGCCAUUUUUAUAUAAUUAUCAAAGAAUUACACAUAAAAAUAAAAAUAGUGCUGGAAAGAAGUA